AUGCACAAGACUCCGCCUCCAGCAUCGCCUGUUCCGUCUGCCGUCUCCUCAACCGCGAACUCUCAACAUUCACAUGACCCUCGGGAUGGAGACCCUGCGGUAACACGCGCCCUAGCGGGCAUGAAUCUGUCCGCGGCAAAUGGAGAUGCCCACAUUCUCCCCUCAUCGGUAUCCUCCCCCGCCACGAAACCACAAAAACCCAAUAUGGCUAGUCGCAUUUCUCGCAUGUUCUCUGCCACUGGCAAACAAACCCCGACUCUCAGUACCGUUAAAGAUCAUGACGCCCACCGUGAUCUAUCCGACAGCAGCCUAGACAGUGUUCACCCUCCAUUCAGUACCAAAGACAAAACGACCUCAGUAGCGUCAUCACGAGCAAACUCCAGACCUCCCUCCCAAACUCCUUCCCGCCAACCCUCUCUCAAGAAUGAGCCCAUCGACAGUCAACCAACAAAGAAGAAGACCGGUACUGCAAAGGAACAGAAAGAUGGUGUUCCCCCGCUGAAGCGUUUCGAAAUUCUUGCCGAAGCCCUAGGAAAUCACUCCCAUAACCUCCGAAGUGCCAGACGCCAGGAAAAACUGACCACUUUGCUCCGUGAUAUGCUCGGCGCAGGACGAAAGAAGGGCGAUGACCAGGUGGACGAGACACAACUUUCCCUCAUGUCGACUUGGAUCGACCAGUUUAAAACCGAGCGAGAUAAGCUGGCCGCCGAUAAGAAGGGCGGGCCCAAUGCAACUGCAUCUCUAGUUGACAAAUACGGGAAAUGCCAAGAGAUCGUCGGUCGUGGUGCAUUUGGUAUUGUCCGCAUCUCGCAUAAGGUCGAUCCCGCAGACUCAAAGGGAGAACAGCUCUACGCCGUGAAGGAGUUCCGCCGCCGUCCUCAAGAAACCACCAAGAAAUACCAGAAACGCCUCACUUCGGAAUUCUGCAUCUCUUCGUCUCUCCGCCACCCGAACGUGAUUCACACACUCGAUCUUUUGCAAGAUGCGAAGGGUGAUUACUGCGAAGUUAUGGAAUACUGUGCCGGUGGCGAUCUUUACACAUUAGUACUUGCGGCUGGAAAACUCGAAGUCGCCGAAGCAGACUGUUUCUUCAAGCAGCUCAUGCGGGGUGUGGAAUACAUGCAUGAGAUGGGUGUCGCUCACCGUGAUCUCAAGCCUGAAAAUCUGCUAUUGACCACCCACGGUGCCCUCAAGAUUACUGAUUUCGGUAACGGCGAAUGCUUCCGAAUGGCAUGGGAAAAAGAAGCGCAUAUGACAGCGGGACUCUGUGGAUCCGCCCCUUACAUCGCUCCCGAAGAAUAUACCGAGAGGGAAUUCGAUCCCCGAGCCGUCGACUUGUGGGCUACCGGAGUCAUUUAUAUGGCUAUGCGUACUGGACGUCAUCUCUGGCGCGUUGCUCGCAAGGACGAAGAUGAGUUUUAUCAACGAUAUCUGGAGGGACGGAAACAUGAGGAUGGUUAUGCGCCCAUUGAGACGCUACACCGGGCUCGCUGUCGCAACGUGAUCUACUCCAUUCUCGACCCGAACCCCUCUCGCCGUAUCAAUGCCUCACAAGUUCUCAAGUCUGAGUGGGUGCGGCAAAUCAAACUGUGCAAGGCAGGCGAGGAAGGUUUCUAA